UUGACUGAAUGACAGAGGCGCGUAAGCAAGCUCCAGUAAUAGUACAUGGCAUGAAGCGUGUGUAGUUGAUAGUUAGUUUUUAUAUAUAUUUGUGUACCAAUAAUAGUGCAUCCCGAUGGAGGAGGUUGAUGUUGAGCCGCCUGUCACUAAUAUUCCUGCAGCUGCUGCUGGGAAACAUUUAGGUUUUGCGUGGGGUCCAGGUGAUAUCCUAGUGUAUGAGACCCUUUACAAGGCAUCAGGUGCAAAAGGAUCAGGUUCCCCCUUCAUCCACGAGGUGAGGAAAGAUGAGGACAUAUAUUCCCCAAUUUUACGCAAGCUCUUCAAUGAGUCGCAUCACAUCUUUGUUGGUCUUCAAACGAUUAGGGAGGAUCUCCCCAGUAAGAAUAAGAAACCCCAAUUUGUAAGCAUCAGCAAAAACUACAGAUCUGUCAUACGAGCAUGUAUGGAGGAGCUUCAACAAGUUGCAGUUUCUACACAAGAUGCAGAAGUGGCCACACAGUAUGGCGAUCAGGUGUCCAUUCUGUUGGCCAUAGAACUGAUCUGGAAUCUGUGUGAAGUGCUGUUUAUAGAUGCAGCUCCUGCAGGCUCCCUCUUGCUCCACCUCCUUGACUGGGUAAGGUUACACAAAGCUGAUGUAGAUGAAAAGGCCCGAGAUGUGCUGCAAAGUGAGAGCCCUGCUGAACAUGAAAGCUACUGGGAUGUGGUGCUGGGUUAUGUGCUACAAGGCAGGUUGGAAGAAGCCAGACAGAUGCUGGUGAAGCAGGCCAGUCUUCAUCCUGCUGCUAGGAACAUGUUCAAGCUCAUGGACACCCUGCUCAGCAAGAUGCCGUUCUACAAUCCCAGUGGCACCCAAACCUUAACAGAGUUUGAUGUGAAGUGGAGACAUUGGCAUGAGGAGGUGGACCGCUGCUUACAGGACAACUCAUUCGCCAGCAACCAACACCUCGAGGCUAUUUGCAAAAUCUUGGUGGGAGAUGAAGAUACUUUGCUGGAGCACAAGGACCUGCUUAGCACCUGGUACCACUUCCUGGUCACUAGACUUCUCUUCUGUCACCCCACAGUCAAACCCACCGAGUUACAUUACUACGCACAGUCCUGCUUGACCAUGUUCCUGGACUCAAGGAGUGCCCCAGAACCUCUGGACAGCAUCUUAUUGGCUGCCUUUGAGUUUGACAUUCAUCAGGUCAUCAAGGACUGCAGCAUUGCUCUCAACAACUGGUGGUUUGUGGCCCAUUUGACAGAUCUCUUGGAUCACUGCAAACUCCUCCAGUCUCACAAUCUACACUUUGGCUCCAACUUGAGGGAAUUUCUCCUCUUAGAAUAUGCCUCAGGUCUCUUCACUCAUCACAGUCUGUGGCAGUUGGCUGUAGAUUAUUUUGACCACUGUCCGGAGUUCGGCCGUGUCUACCUGGAGCUGCAGAUUGAGCGCGUUCCUUUAGACACUGAGCGGAAAGCCCUCAAGGUGCUCAGGAUCUGUGAGCAAAGACAAAUGUCAGAGCAAGUGCGGAGUAUUUGCAAGAUAAUGGCCAUGCGGGCUCUCAGGAACAACCGUCUGGGUUCUGCUCUGUCCUGGAGCAUCAGGGCCAAAGACGCUGCAUUUGCAACACUCAUUUCUGAGAGAUUCUUACAGGAUUACUGUGCCAAAGGGACCUUCUCUGAUCUGGACCUAAUAGACAACUUGGGACCUGCAAUGCUGCUCAGUGACAGGCUCACUUUUCUUGGGAAGUAUCGUGAGUUCCACAAGUUGUAUGGAGAGAAGCGUUUCAGGGAGGCGGCUAAGCUGCUGCUUUCUCUUAUGACGGCAAAGAUCGCCCCCCGGAGCUUCUGGAUGACUCUGCUGACCGACGCACUGCCACUGCUGGAGCAGAAAGAGGUGAUCUUCUCUGCAGAUCAGACACAUGAGCUCAUGUUCUGUUUAGAGGAGCUCACCUCCUCUUUGAACACUGCCCCUCCUGGCACAGACAAGCCUAUGCAGGAGGAAGACAUAGAGGUGACCAAAGUGGAGCUGUUGAGACUCGCUCUGGCCAGGAAUCUGGCUAUGGCUAUAGUCAAAGAGGGAACAGUGGAAGCAUGAAUGAUGACCUUCACAAAAAACUCUUCUUUUGCUAUUUUGUACUGUACAUAUAUUUCAAAUAAUCACAAUGUGCUUUGAUAAUAAAAUAGUUUUCAAGAUCUAAA